AUGAUAAAUUUUGAUGGUUAUAUUAAGGCACGUACUGAUAACAAAUAUCCGGUAAUGAAACGAAGUAUUUGGCUGGUACUUUUUUUCUAUGCUACUUUAACUAAGGCAUUUUCUUUGCCAGGUUUAUCUCCCACAACAUAUCACUCAAAUGAUGAAAUUCCACUUUUGGUGAAUCGCUUGACCCCAUCAGUUUACUUUCAGCAUCAGGAUGAAGAAGGUAAUGAUGUUUCAAGCGAUAAAGAACAUUUUCUUUACUCCUAUGAUUACUAUAAUGAGAGGUUUCAUUUUUGCAGACCAGCACAUGUUGAGAAGCAGCCGGAGUCGUUGGGUUCAGUCAUAUUUGGUGACAGAAUUUACAAUUCCCCAUUCCAGUUGAGGAUGCUAGAGGAGAAGGAAUGUGUUGCCCUUUGUAAAGCUAUGAUUCCCGGAAAAGAUGCCAAGUUUAUCAAUACACUUAUUAAAAGUGGAUUUUUUCAAAACUGGCUCGUGGAUGGAUUGCCAGCAGCAAGAAAAGUUCACGAUAGCAGAACAAAAACAAACUAUUAUGGCACAGGAUUUGAGCUAGGCUUUACAGGUGUUAAGCAAACCGUUGACGGUAAGACAAUUCCCAGCACAAUGGAAGAACUUAGUUCAGAGAUUUCAAGCGCGGAUGCUACAUUAGAUGCUCGAGAACCCAAGAAUAUUAAGCCCAAUUUAGUCAAAACAGUAGAAGUACCUUAUUUUGUGAAUCAUUUUGAUAUUGAAGUGGAAUUUCAUGACCGUGGUAACGAUAAUUACCGUGUUGUGGGUGUCACUGUAAAUCCUUUAUCUAUCGAAAGAUCGUCACCUGGUGCAUGUUCUACAACGAGGAAGCCUCUGAUUCUAGACGAGGAUAAGGAUAACGAGGUUUACUUUACGUAUUCUGUUAAAUUUAUUGCUUCUGAUACAGUUUGGGCUACGAGAUGGGAUAAGUAUCUACAUAUCUAUGACCCCCAAAUACAAUGGUUUUCAUUAAUAAAUUUUUCCGUUAUUGUUAUUUUGUUGUCUUCUGUCGUCAUGCAUUCCCUAUUGCGGGCUUUGAAAAGCGAUCUUGCUCGUUAUAACGAACUUAACUUGGAUAACGAAUUUCAUGAGGAUUCUGGUUGGAAACUGGGCCAUGGUGACGUAUUUAGAACUCCAUCUAAGUCGAUGCUGCUAUCUGUUCUUGUGGGUUCAGGCGUUCAGUUAUUUUUUAUGAUAAUGUGUAGCAUUUUUUUUGCCGCAGUAGGUCUCGUAUCGCCUGUUUCCAGAGGAUCCUUGCCAACUGUAAUGUUUGUUCUUUAUGCAUUAUUUGGAUUUACAGGAUCCUAUACCUCAAUGGGUGUCUACAAAUUUUUCCAUGGACCAUAUUGGAAGGCAAAUAUGAUAAUAACGCCAAUAUUGCUUCCUGGUGCGAUUUUUCUAGUAAUUCUAGUAAUGAAUUUUUUUCUGUUAUUUGCACAUUCCUCAGGCGUAAUCCCAGCGAGUAGCCUAUUCUUCAUCAUUUUUCUAUGGUUUUCAGUUUCUAUUCCAUUGUCUUUUGCGGGUUCAAUUAUUGCCCAUAAGCGGUGUAAUUGGGAUGAGCAUCCAACUAAAACAAACCAGAUUGCUAGACAGAUUCGAUAUCAGCCUUGGUACCUGAGGACCGCGCAAGCGACUCUAAUCGCUGGGAUUUUCAGUUUCGGAUCAAUAGCAGUUGAGUUGUACUUCAUUUACUCCAGUUUGUGGUUCAACAAGAUUUUCUAUAUGUUUGGAUUUUUACUUUUUUCAUUCUUAUUGUUGACCUUGACAACCUCAUUGGUAACGAUUUUGAUCACAUAUUACUCGUUAUGUCUAGAAAACUGGCUAUGGCAAUGGAGAAGCUUUAUCAUCGGUGGUUUAGGAUGUUCGGUCUAUAUGUUCAUCCACUCCAUACUAUUUACAAAAUUCAAACUUGGUGGGGUCAUUACAGUCGUGCUGUAUUUUGGAUAUUCAUUCAUUAUAUCCGCAUUAUGUUGUGUAGUCACCGGGGCAAUUGGUUUUUUUAGUAGUAUGUUCUUUGUUAGAAAGAUUUACUCUGCUGUUAAAGUCGAGUAA